AUGCCGGGUGAAAAAAAGCGAGAACACGAACAGAUGAAAAACAUACUGGAAACCGAGACCGCUAAACGUGACUUUCUUUUGUCUGAGUUGAGCCAAUUGAAAAACGAGCUCUGGUAUCUCAAGAACACAGUAUUCGAACACGCAAACUGUGACGACCAGAAGAUCGACAUUCAGCUCGCCAAAAUGACUCAAAGUGUGCUCGAAGCAAACUCCGGACAAUUAACAUGCCCAUCGCCAACCUCUUCGGCUAGCGCUUGGUCAGAUGGAUCGGGUUUGGGAGCGUCAGAUGCGCCUGGGGUUCCGGUGAUGAUGCCGACUCAGGACGUUGGCUAUCGAGGCUAUCCCGAUUCGGUGUUCGACAGUUUUAUCGAUCUACCGAGUCUGUAG